UUUGUUUCGCUGUUCGUUAGUUGCCGCCGUAGGCUUGCGCCGCCCGCCGUCUCCUUAGUCCCUGCGUGCUCCCCGGCCAUCGGGCUACGCCUCGACGCCCGCCACCUCUCUCCUGCCGCGGACAGUCGUUGAGCGUUGCUGUGCCGCCGGCUUAGUUUUUUUUACCAGAGUUGCGUGUGCUGCAUCCGGAGGUCAGGGGCCGAACAUUUGGAUGCAUCCGUAAGUCUAUGGGCUUAAGAAUUUUAUAUUUGACGACAUGAUAGGUGAACUACAUGUGGACUCGGUGCUUUCCACUGUAUAGAUUAUUUGGCGUCUGGCUACUACUGUUGGGACAGUCGGUGUCCUUCAGCAACACCUGUUUUUGGAACUUUUUAGUUUACUUGCCCAUGUUCUUAGAAUCCUAGUAGUACGUAUUAUUUUCGGGAGUACUGUACACCAUUCAAAUUUAUUCUGUAUUAUUUUCGGAUGUUACAUGAGCUUAGUGGUGUGACUUUGUAGAAUCCACUGGUUGCUAUUAUUUCGACACAGUAACUUAUUUUGCACUAUCUCUGUAAUUCUGGUGUGUCCUCUGAACUUCUGCUUCCAAAUUCCCAAUUUACGCUGGAACUUACAAACCAACGUACAACUAGACAAGCUCAAUGCGAAUAACUGGAGAUUCUUGUAGUGCUGACCUGGAUAUUUGUAAAAUUCUUAGAUCGCUGUGAUGGAUAUUAUAUAUUUCUAUGCGUAGUCCCUUCAGUUCUGGGACUAGCAGUCAAGAUGAUUCAGGGCUAUUAUAUUUGCAGGUGGUCAUAUUUUUUGCUUGAUAAUCUGGUAAAUCUGUGUCAUGAGUAAAAUGUGUCAUGCAGUUGACUCAGAAGAGGCAACCAUGGAUGGGGAAAAUAACGUCCUUACCUGUAGUGAUUCUUGCUGGUACAAGUGUAGCCAUGGUAUUGAUUCAUCAGUUACAAAUGGUGAGAUGGAAUGGCUGAGCAUGCAGACAAGCUCUUGUGGCACUCCUUACAACACUCCUUACGGCUCUCCCCGUUUUAGCAGAGGAAGUUCUUCUUCCAGCUUUGCUAGUUGCUUUUCAAGCUUUGGUGGCUCCCUCAUGGAUACCGACUCUGAAGAGGAAAUUGAGCUCCUAGAUACCGGUCAACUUCAUCCUGAUAUCUUCGUCAGUGAUGAAUUUAUGGAGCAAGGAGAAGAGAAUCUAGUAAAAGAGGAAGAAUGUGAACCCAGUCAUACUACUGUAUUCAGUGGUGGUGCUAAUAUUCCCAUCCCGCCUGACCAAAAUAUUCUAUCUAGUCAAACGCAGUUGGAGACUGAUCAAGGUGCCACCAAGGAAAGUUUUGAUGCUGGUAAUGUCAUCUUGGACACAAAUGUAUCUUCCGAACCUGAUCGAGAUAUCCUGACCAAUGAUCAACUUACAGGAACACAAUAUGGUGAGGAGGUUACUAGCCUUCCCAUGCCAGGAGGUGAAAUAGUUCCAUUGAAUGAGCAAGUUAUGGAUCAGGUUGACAGUAAUAAGGAAAAUACUAUAGUUUACAACAACAUAUUGAAUGCUGAGUCCGGCAUGAAAGCAGAUGCUGACUCUGAGAAUGGAAUUAACUGCCUUUAUCCACUAGUUUUGCCCAGUUUUGAGACAGACCCUUUCAUUUGGUUACCACCAGACCCAGCAAAUAAGGAGGAGGAUGUUGAUACUCUUGCUAACCCCGAUGAUGAUAGUGACAAUGAUACUAAGUGGGGUCAGUCAAGUUUGAAUCCUAGCUUUGACGAGGAAGGAAGCAAUAAUAGCCGUGAAGAUCAAUUGCAGAAAGCAAUGUCAGAAGUUAUGAAUGGGCAAUUCAAGAUCCUUGUUAGUCGUUUUUUGGCUGCUGAAGGAUUCUCCUUGUCUGAUGGAGCAACCGAUAAUAUCUGGCUUGAUAUUGUUGCUUCGUUAUCGUGGCGUGCUGCCUUACUCGUCAAGCCUGAUGCCAAUAUGGGAAAUGCAAUGGAUCCAGGGUUGUAUGUAAAGGUGAAAUGCAUAGCUUCAGGAUCUUGCCAGCAGAGUGAAGUGAUCAACGGUCUUGUUUUUAAGAAGACCGCCGCACAUAAGCAGAUGCGUGCCAACAUUAAGCAUCCUAAACUGUUGAUUCUUAAGGGUGACAUUGGUCAAUUUUCCACAGGGCUAUCAUCAAUGAAUUCAAUGAAACAGGAAAGCGAGCAGUUGGAGAAAACUCUCAGCGAUAUGAUAGGCAAAUGCCGGCCGGAUGUUAUAUUGGUGGAGAAAGCGGUUUCACGAAAUGUAAAUGAAUAUGUUCAGAAACAAGGAGUUACCUUGGUUAGUGACAUGAAUAUCCAUCGCCUGGAAAGAAUCGCUCUUUGUACUGGUUCUCCAAUCAUCUCAUUGCAGGAUGUUCGUACGAAAACUAACCUUAUUAAGCAGUGUGAAUCUGUCAAUUUCAAAAAAAUUGUUGAGGAGCAUAAUCUAACUGCAGAAGAUGGAAGGAGGUCAUCCAAAACAUUUUUAUUUCUAGAAGGUUUUCCGAAACCUAUGGGAUGCACAAUAUUGCUAAAAGGAUCAACAAGUGAAACAUUGAAGAAGAUUAAGCGUGUUCUCCAUUUCACUGUCUUUGCAGCUUACCAUUUGAUCCUUGAAACAUCAUUUUUCACCGACCAAAGAUCAUUUAUAACCGAAAAAAAUGCUUCCCGUAAAGAGGACUGUUUAAAAAUUGAUUCACAGCUACAUUUUCCUGGUCGCACUUCUGAUGAGCAGUAUGCUAAUAUGGAGGAGUUAGCCGACACUAAAAACUCCAUGUCGCAGCAUCUUCAUGAUUCCGACAUUACGAAUUCCAGCGAUUCCAACAGCCAAUGUAUUCAGUCAUCGCGGCCUGAUCCAGAACCCUCGACAGAUAUUAUUGGGGACAUCUCAUAUAUCAGCUCUGCUGAGUCAACUUCAGGUGAUGGGUUUGAUGGGUCAAAUAUUGCUGCUGCUCCAGAAAAGUUAAAUACGCAUAAAAAGGAAGCAUCUGGCAAGAAAUUUAAAGAAACUUUUGAUGAUGAAACGCACACGGGGACUAGGAUUUCUCUAAACCCUCAGACCAUACUAAUUUCGAUGUCCAGCCAAAACAUCAGGAAUAAAGCAGUUUGUGAGCAGAGUCAUCUUUCCAGGAUAACUUAUUAUGGGAAUUGUGACACAUCUCUUGGGAUGCAUUUGCAAGAUACUUUACUUAAUGAGAAGCACAAUUGCUUAUCAUGUGGUGAGCCUCCAGAAGCUCACAUGUACUCUUACACCCACCAUGAUGGUACCCUCACUGUUCUUGUGAAAAGCCUUCCAUUGGCGGAAGCACUUUCCGGUGAGGGUCAAAGAAGAAUUUGGAUGUGGACCAGGUGCUUGAGAUGCAGUGGUAUGCCCACACCGAGGGUUAUAAUAUCUUCCUCUGCACGCAACCUCUCGUUUGCGAAGUUUUUGGAACUCAGUUUCUCAACACAUUCUUCUGCUAAGAAGCUGUCAACAUGUGGGCAUUUGCUGCACAGGGACUGCCUACGUUUCUUUGGGUUGGGAUCGAAAGUUGCUGUGUUCAGAUACUCAUCUAUUGAAAUAUAUUCCGCUACUAAGCCACCAAUGACUUUGCAGUUCCAUAACCCAAACAGAAAAGAUUGGCUCGAUGUUGAAGUUCAGAGUGUCCUUGUUGAAUGGAAGCUACUUUUCUCUCAAAUUGAAAACACAAUACAAGGCUUGAAAUCAAGAUACUCUGGUGAAGCCAUGGGGAAGAACACAAACAGUUCAGCAUAUGAGGGAAUAUUUUUGGAAGUCAGUAGUAUGCUUGCACAAGAAAGGAAUGAACUUGAGGUUUCUCUGAAGGCAUUUGACCACAUUGCAAGGCCUGAGACUUGUGCUCACGAGAUUCUUAGCUUGAACUGGCUGUAUCAGCAACUUCUUCUUGGAUUCUAUGUUUGGGAUGUCCAUUUGUAUCAUCUUCUUCAGUACAUUAAACUUGAUGGCGCAUCUUCACACAAUUCUAACCACAAAAGCAUACCGGAGAAUGAGCUGAGUUCUAAAAAUAUUUCCAUACCCAUACAUGGGGACGCACUAUCUGUCCUGAAUAUUGGAGUGGAAAGACUGGGAGCAACUAUAAAUUCUUCUGACGAUUUUGACAAUUCUCGUGGUGGCAUAAUUUCAGAGAAGGAUCAGCUUACUGAGAAAUCACCAAUUAAAGAGCUUGGGUCUUCUCCAGGUGAGGUUGAUGAAAAUGGGUCACAUCAAAAUGUGUUACCAGUUAAGAAUGAUGAACACCCUGCACCAGCCAGAGGAAAUGAAAUUUACCCUGUUGCCAUGCCAAGUAAACAUUUGCCUGUAUUACAAAACUUAUUGGAUUUCAUGAGUGAUGACACCAGAGAAUGGGUCUGGAAUAAGUUGAGUCACUUGGAAAUGGAAUACAAGAAAGAAAUUGAAACUGGUGAUUUGAAUAAGUUCCAUCUCAUCAACAAAUACACCCCAACUUCUUCAUCACUGACACAACUCAAAUGUCAAAUGAAUUUGAUGCAUUUUGUAGCUGGCCCCUGUGGUAAUAUUUUGUCAAUUGUUGAUGAAGAGAUAUCUAGCAUCAUUGCUUAUGCACUGGCUAUAUCUGAAGAGCAAGGAAUUUAUUCUGAAGCUGCAUUUGAAAAGGAUGAACUUUUAUCUAAAAGAAAGCUUGAUAAGGUUGCACCUAGCAACUUGGCCAGAGGUACCUCUAUGCAGUCAUCAGUUAUCUCUUCGAAGGAGUCUUUAGAAAAGGAUCAUAGCCUAUUAAACAAUACAUCGUCAUUAUCAUAUGAGGAAUCAACAUCUGGAUUUUAUGAUUCAUUUCUGUCAGCAUUAAAAGAUAUGCAUCCUGAAAUUUGUCUGAAUAGUGAAAAGCUAGGUUUGAAGAGCAAAUACACUGUGGUUUCUGUAUAUGCAAGGCAAUUCUAUGAGCUUCGGAAGAUAUGUUGCCCAUCCGAGCUUGUGUAUAUUUCAUCCAUAAGCCGUUGUAAACUAUGGAAUGCACAAGGUGGUAAGAGCAAUGCUUUUUUUGCGAAAUCAAUGGAUGACAGAUUUAUCAUAAAAGAAAUCAAGAAAACAGAGUUUGACUCGUUCUUAAAGUUUGGUCUUGAAUAUUUCAAGCAUUUUAGUGAAUCUCAGGUCUCAAGUAACCCUACUUGCCUUGCAAAAAUUCUGGGAAUAUAUCAGGUCAAGGAAAUUAGGAAUGGCAAGGAGGCAAGGACUAGUUUCAUGAUUAUGGAGAAUCUUUUAUUUGGCCGUAACAUACUGCGUAGAUAUGAUCUGAAGGGUGCUCUUUUCUCACGAUAUGUUGCUGAUUCAACAAAUCCAGAAAGUGUACUGUUGGAUCAAAAUUUUAUUGAAGACAUGCGUACCAUGCCUAUCUACAUUAAAGGAAAAACCAAAAACUUCAUGGAACGUGCUCUUUGGAAUGAUACAUCCUUUCUAUGUAACAUGAAUGUCAUGGAUUACUCCUUGUUUGUUGGAGUGGACAAACAGAAGAAGGAACUUGUAUUCGGGAUAAUAGAUUACUUGAGGCAAUAUACCUGGGACAAACAACUGGAGUCGUGGGUGAAGACAUCGCUUGUGGUCCCCAAGAAUCUAUCUCCAACAGUAAUCUCUCCAAAGGAGUACAAAUUAAGAUUCAGGGCAUUUAUGUCUCAGUACUUCAAAUCAGUUCCAGAUGGUUGAGCCUCGAGGCGUGAUCAUUUGUGAUGUUGGUGCCUGAACUUAUCUUGAACUCUUGAGUAUGAUCCAUGCUGCCAUGGUCCUUGUCUUGCUGGAAAAUAUGGUUGAGUCCAUGUUUAGCAUGCCAACAGAGUCUUAUAUAUGUGUUCAGUGUUUAGUUUCGUUAUGUUCAUAUUUGUGGUGUGUGUAUGAUUGUCGAUAUUGCUUCUCGGCUGGUGUACAUAGCAUUAGGACUUGAGAUACCCGCAAAAAGGUCAAUGAAUGGUGAUUGGCAUGCACAUACCCAAAGAAAUGAUCUUUGUUGAUGAUCCUAGGGUGGAACAUGUGUAAUCAAAUUUUGAAAUUGGGAAUAGAUGCUGGUAAUAAAACUGUCGAAAAUGA